AUGAGGCUAAGCAGCAAGCCCCUGUUAAAACGAGCAGGAGAAGGAAUCAGCAAAACACUAUCUGAAAUUCUUGUCUGCCCAAUCUCCAAACAGCCCUUAAGGUAUUGCAAAGAAACAAAUUCUCUCUUCAGUGAUUCUAUUGCUGUCUCUUUUCCUAUAAAAGAUGGAAUUCCUUGUUUGGUUCCAAGAGACGGCAAGGUAAUCGAAACUGUUGAUGACCCAAAAUCUUGAUCCUGUUGUUUUUUCAUCUGCUGCUAAGAAUGACAUUUUAUUACUAGGUUAAGUUAGAGAAAAUCAGUGUCUUUUUCUCAUAUUUUGCGAGCUUUCUUGUCAUUUAGGAUUGUUGUGUUUCGUCUUUCGCUUUUGGUAGUUCAGUCUCAGAAUUAUUCUGUAUUGAUGAACCAGUUUUAGCCAUGAAACUGAGAUUGAGAUCUGUGCAAUCUAAAGAAACUGUGAAAAUAGAAGUGCCCGCUUCGUGUAUUUUACAGCAACUAAAGGAAACCCCCUCUCGAGCAAUAUUUUUCCGCAGGCUCAUAUUUGUCUCUUAAUAGAAAGGAUGAGCUCAAUGCAUCUUCGCCAGAGGAUUCUUUGCAAUCUCUUGGUAUUACGUCUGGUGACCUCGCUUAUUUCUCUGUCAACACCAUUGCUGUGUUUAGGUUCUUGUUCCUCUGUAAGAGAACAGGCUCGAGGUCAUCGAGGUAAUGUACAAGAGCCUACGCCUGAUCAAUUGAUGAGUUUUCCAGAGUCAGUUUUUGGUUUUAAUAAGCUCGGAAACCAAGAUUUGUUUGUACGUGGGCAUGCUGGUGUUCAAGCCAACGAUGCCAAUUCUCAAGAAACUAAAUCUGAAAUUUCUCUGGAUAUGCUUGUGCAAGGACAGAAGGGUGAGCAGCAUGAGAUUGGAGGAUCCGAUACGAGUGAUGCAGUUAUUGAAAGACAUGGAUCUCUAGAUUCAAAAGCUCGGAGUGGAGAAACCUUAGAGACACAAGAAUUGACCAGUGUAGAUUUUGUGUGGGCAGAUGGUAAGAAUGAUGGGAUGAAUGAAAAUGAUAGGUCAUCCAUGUUGUAUCUUGAAAAUGAAAAUUUUGAGUUGUGGAAAAUCGUGAAGGAUGGCCUUGUUUUGCCUUUAUUGAUAGAUAUUUGUAAGAAGGUUGGUCUGUUUCUUCCACCAUGCUUGAUGCGCCUCCCAACAGAGCUGAAGCUCAAGAUUUUAGAGUCACUAGCUGCCAUUGAUAUUGCAAAAAUGGAAAGUGUUUCUUCAGAGAUGCAAUGCUUGUCUUCAAACAAUGAUCCAUGGCAGCAGAAAUUUGUGGAGGAGUUUGGAGAUGGACAGGAGCGCUGGGAACUGUCAAUUGGAAAGAGCAGUUUGCUUCAUAUUGGGAGAAUAAGAAGAAGCGGAAGAGGGAUGUCAAUGCCAUGGCAAGAUUAUCAUCAAGUUCCGCCCUUUUUCUUCCCAACCAGGAGAAAUUUUGCUUGGUAUUCCUCCACCCAAUGGUCGUCCUGGUCAAGGAUUUCCUCGAUUUCGUUGAAAUUUUGCUCGAAGUUGUAAUGCGGCUAAAGCGGGACUUGCAGCAGGAGAAGCACAAUCCCCGGGAGCUUCAGGAGAGACAUCGGAAGUGGAUACCUCAUCUUUUAAAGAAAUAUUUUGUCUAUUUGUUUCUACAUAAAUUUAAUGUGAAGUAUGGAAUAUAAACUCGAUGCGAAUUUCAGAAUAUAAACUAAUUUUGCUUCA